UUUAUAAGAUUAACUUACGGAGUGAAGCCAACUUACUCGUUUUUGUUUAUUCGGCAUUUUGCCUUAUCUAGAUUUAGUUUAUAAAGUAAAGUUAACUUAUAGUAGUACAAGUAGAACAAGCAUGGGCCUACAUGGCUAAAAAUUGGUUUAACUGACUAGCUCCGUAACUAAAUCAGUCAAUCCGUCGGAUUGAUUAAAAACAGUCUUCCAGUUAUUGUUUAAAAUUAUCUGGAAGCUAAACAAAGAGCAACUAUGACGAGCCGCAGCUUAAUCGAGGAUGGGUUACUGACCGGCAUCACGUCCUUCAGAAUUUGGCUAAUCUUGUACGGCGGAUUGCUCAUCUUUAUCGACACUGUUUUCUGUACAUACUUUCCUACCACUGUUUUGGGUACCAUAUUACUUACUGGGGUCCUUUGGAAGUUCCGACUCCCCCUCGCCUCGAAAGACGAUGUUGAAGGAUUUUUCGGCGUUUCGUUUCGACCAUCGCUUCAGCUUGAUGAUAACUUGGACCCAACAUCUAAUACCCCAAUCCAAGAUCAACCAGGGCUUACGGUGAAAUCUCGACUUCUUUUGAUGAGGUCUCCACCAUCACAACUUUCCACGUCUUCAAGCAAUGGUCAGAAGAAUGGACAGAAAAACGGUGGUCGAAUUGUCUCUGAAGCUCCUCUCAUCGUCGUCGGCCAUCGAGGUGCUGGCCUGGAUGCGCCAGAAAAUUCCCUAUCUGCCAUCCGAGAGUGUAAGAACAGAGGCUGCGAAGCGGUGGAAUUUGAUGUUAACCUGACAAAGGAUAACAUUCCCGUACUAUUUCAUGAUGACAACCUGAUUCGCAUUGCCGGCAUUGAUAGGAAUAUUAAGGACAUGACUUUGGAUGAGUUGAAAAAGGUGGACAUUUCAAUAAUGCAUCCGCUGGGAGACAGGUUUAGGAAGGAAAGAGUACCCACGUUCGAAGAGGCCGUUAAUUUGUGUUUGUCAAUUGGGAUGAAAUUCAUCAUUGAUUUAAAAGACGAUGAUGAGACGGUUAUCGCCGCUGUGGUAUCUUUAUUUCAAAAGCAUCAAUGUUACUCGAUGGGCAUUGUUUCCUCCUUUUACGUGAAAGCUGUUUACGAUGUCCGACGACGAGACCCAAAAAUCAUAGGUUGCAUGGCGUGGCGACCGGGAUACUACCGAUACACCACGUGGAGCUCAAAUUGGGAGAACUUGGAACCUCGACAGAAAUCCUUGUAUAUGGAUUGGGCUGCAAUAAUCAUGGACGCGGUCAACGAUUGGGGAAUUAAUUGCUUAUACUGGUGGUUUGUUGGACUGUCCGCGAUUUUGUUUCAGAAAGACUCGAUAACAAGAGAGGAAACGUAUCGGUGGAUGAAGAGGGACGUACGGAUUUAUGCAUGGACAGUUAAUUCGCCACUGGAAAAACUUCACUUUGUCCAAAAUGUUCAGCUCGGCUACCUCACGGACAGUCUUGACGGUGGUGAGGUAAAUACGGUGAAUAGUCUACAAUCAUCACCAAAUCAAAAAACGUUCUCGAUAUUACGAACUUAACAUCAUGCUACAACUACUCAACUGAAUAUUUUGUCUUCACAUAUUAAUUUCCAAUUAAGGAAGCAGCAUGCCUUUUUUUGUUUGAAAAUCUAAUUAUGAUUCCGUUAUAUCAGAACGUUCCUCUUUUACCUUGUACAUUGUUUUUGAACGGUAUGCAGUACAAGCGAUGGACUUUAGUCCCAGUUACCGUAUUACAAAGUUACAUUAUGCAGCUAAGUAUUUAUCAUAUCAUGACCUGCUGAAUUGUUGUCAACUGUGUACUACACACAGCGAGUGCUUUGUGGCUUAACCAAUGUGUUUCGUUAAAAUAAUACUAAUUAGGUAUUGUAUCUGCGAUAUAAUUUGUUACGUUUUUUGCAGCUAGAGUUGUUUGCCUUCUUGUUAUAGUCUGUCUCUGGUCUAAUUUAAUUUUGUAAAGAAAUUUUAUAAAUUUUAUAAUUUGCAAAUGCUUUUUCAGGCUGUUUCAGUUCAGGCGUAGCCCAUCCUUUUUCCCGGCAGCAGAAUAAAUGCAAGACUUACAAAAUUCUGAACCUUAUCUUGUCAAUUAGUCGACGAUAUUAUAUUGUGUGAUAGGUGUGGGUCUAUAUAUUUGUGAACUGAUAUUAUGCCUAUAUUGAUCCGUCUGUGUUGUCGUGUUUGGUACUCUUUUUGCUUAUAUAUUAAUACCAUUUGUAUUACCAAAAUGCAUAUGUAUUUAGUAACACAUGUGUAUUCCUGUGUAGUAAUGAACCGGAAAUAAAAUAUACACAAGAAAA